AUGGGUGCUGGCAUACUGGUAUUAGAACUGAUUGCAGUAUUUUUCCUGACAUUGUUACUACUGAAUAAAUAUGGCAAUUGGCGGCGACAGCAUUUCAUUGUAACGAUCUCAACAUUUAUUGGCUGGUUCUUUUCUUUUAUUAUUAUCUUUAUUCUGCCAUUGGAUAUUGCUAUCACAUUUUAUAAUCGUUGCUUACUGGAAGAAGCGCAAUUGUCAGUCAAGAAAGAUCUGAAUGUCAUAAACAUCACAGAUGCAGUGUGCAGAAAACCGAUUGGCUUUGUGCCGAAUUACGUUUUGCUACGAUUAUGGCGUAUUGUUUAUUGGACAGCACAACUACUGACAUGGAUUGUAUUACCGUUGAUGCAAAAUUAUUCAGAUGCUGGUGAUUUCUCGUCACUUGGUAAACUGCGAUCUGCUAUAUACAGUAAUGCCAUAUAUUACGGAACCUAUCUUGCUGUUUUCUUCAUGUUGAUGAUUUAUGCUGCUGUGAAAGGAGUGGUACUAAACGCGGAACAUUUGAAAGUGAUCCUUAUUUCUGCCUCUAACACUUGGGGUUUGUUUUUAUUGGUGGUUCUAUUAGGUUAUGGCUUAAUAGAGGUUCCUCGACAGUUUUGGCAAAUGGGAAGUCGAGAUUAUCGGCUAAACAAAACGUAUUUUGAUAUAGAUAAGCUGUCGACUGAUAAAAACGACGCCGAACAUGCCGUCCGAGAGGCGUAUAAAGAAGCUCGAAGCGUUUUAACGCUUCUGUGUAGUGAGCACACACUACGAAAGUAUGCGCAGAUAAUUUUGGCGAAGUUUCCACCGGAGUUGGUCUCACAGAUUACUUCGAGAUCGAAUGACGGUUUUUCAGUAGUUUCUAACAGCACACCAAACAGUGAAGGUUCCAUCGCAAGUGAGAAGUAUCUGAUACGAUUACACAAACGUGUUAUCAGUGCUGUGCAAAAUCAUCAUAGAAAACAGGCACAGUGGAAUGCUUUAAUAUUUCGAGCCUUAUAUCUAGAAGAUAUUCAGCAGGCAGAAAUGACAGGCCAAUUUGUCAGAACUAAGGAACAUCAGACAAAUUUUUUCUUCUGUCCAUCUCGUGUUUACUUUUUGUGGCAUGUAUUGUAUAAGAGGACUUUGUUGAAGAUUCUUGGACUUUUUUUUUAUGCGAUAACCGGAUUUGUGAUGUGGAGUGAAUGCACUUUUUUCAUUGUACAUCCACGGCUUUCACUAGCAGCUCUUAUUGUUCAUCAUGCUGCCUAUGAUUAUCAUUAUCUUCAUGUUCAGAUUUAUGCAACUGUAAUCAUAUCUUAUCUUUGUAUCUGUGCAUAUUAUACAGUGUUUAAAUUGCAAAUCUAUCGCUAUUACCAUCUGGACCCUCAUCAUAUGACCGAUGAAAAUAGCUUGUUGUUUAGCGCUAUCUUACUAUGUCGCUUAACUCCACCAAUAUGUCUCAAUGUGCUGGGAAUGAUUCAUCUCGACUCACAUAUUACUUCAGAUACAGAAUUUGGAGUCGAAACACAGUUUACAAAAUUGAUGGGUCACUUAGAUUUAAUACCAGUUCUGGCAAAAGGGAUCAAUAUCUAUCUUCCUAUUCUAAUUGUUUUACUUGCACUGGGAACUUGGUUCAAAUUGGGAAUUCGAUUAUUGCACUUUCUUGGUAUCGAUCAGUUCGUUGAUGAUGAUGAAAUGACUGUAGAAUUGGUUAGUGGUGGAAAGGCUCGUGUUUCGUUGGAGCGUAAUAAAAUAAUGCGUGCUGCUUAUCGUGAAGAAAGGGAUCAGUAUUGGGGCGAAAAGUUGACAAUGAAGACAGCUUCAGAUCAUGGAGCACUGAGAGGUGGAAUUAGUAACUCCCAAUCAGAUUACCGAUUUCCAGGCACUCGUGAAUACAAUGAUCGUGAACCAAUUAUGACAGCUGAUAAUGGAGAAGAGUAUUCAUCAUUUGAUUUAAUCAAUAGUGGAAGUUACGAAUUUUCUGGGGCGCACCCUCCACCAAAUAUGUUUGAUGAUCUCUGA